UUAUUCUUAUUUUUAUAUUUUUCUUUUCGUUUUCCAUUUUCAUUUUCCAUUUUCCCCCCUUUCCCAUUCUCAUUUUCACAUUUCAUUCUCCUUUUCUCCUCUCCCCUAUUUUCAUUCCUCUCCCCAUUCCCUGCUCCCUUCCUGAUCCCCCUUCCCUCCCCCUUCCCCCCUGCUUCCUCUCCCCGUCUCCCCCAUUUCCCCCCCGUUCUCAACCCCCUUCCCGUUCCCAUUCCCGUCCCCAUGCCGGGCCCCCGGGGGGCGCGGGCCGGGCUCCGGGGCGGCGGGUGCGGGGCGCGGGCCGCGCCGGGGGGGUGCCGGGCCCCCGCUUAGCCGGGCCGCCCCCCCCCCCAGCCUCCAGGAGCCAUUUUGUGUCCCCCCCCCCCCGUCCCGGAUCCCCUUUGCCCAGGUAGGUCGGGCUGGGAGGGGGCUCGCCAGGGCCCCCCCCGCCCCUCACGCAGCAUUUUUAGACCCUUUUGGGGGGCUAAACCCACGUUUUUCACCCCUUUUUCUCUCUCCCCCCCCCCCCCCCCCCCCCAUCCAUCCAUCCCUCCAUCCAGCCGGGCCGGGAGCAGGGGGGGGCCCUGAGCCACUUCUUCCUUAGGACGCCGCCAUCCCCAGAUGAUGGUGAAUGAUGAACGUGCCACACCAUGAAGCUCUUGUGGCAGGUAACUGUGCACCAUCACCACCACCACCGCCACCGCCGCUGCCGUGCCUGGAGAGCUGCUCUCAUCUCCUACUUGACGGUGCACGCCUGGAUCCUCUACGUGGCCGUUGCCACCGCUGCCGCCUCCCCUGGAGCCCCCGCUUGCCCCUCGGUUUGCUCCUGCAGUAACCAGUUGAGCAAAGUGGUGUGCACCCGGCGCGGCUUGGCCGAGGUGCCCCCCGGCAUCCCCUCCAACACCCGGUACCUCAACCUGAUGGAGAACAACAUCCAGAUGAUCCAGGCGGACACGUUCCGCCACCUGCAUCACCUGGAGGUCCUGCAGUUGGGCAGGAACGCCAUCCGGCAGAUCGAGGUUGGGGCUUUCAACGGGUUGGCCAGUCUCAACACCUUGGAGCUCUUUGACAACUGGUUAACCGUCAUCCCCAGCGGGGCCUUUGAGUACCUGUCCAAGCUGAGGGAGCUGUGGUUGAGGAACAACCCCAUCGAGAGCAUCCCCUCGUACGCCUUCAACCGGGUGCCCUCCCUCAUGCGCCUGGACCUGGGCGAGCUCAAGAAGCUGGAGUACAUCUCUGAGGGGGCUUUCGAGGGCUUGUACAACCUCAAGUACCUCAACCUGGGGAUGUGCAACAUCAAGGACAUGCCCAACCUGACGCCCUUAGUGGGGCUGGAGGAGCUGGAGAUGUCGGGCAAUAACUUCCCCGAGAUCAAACCGGGCUCCUUCCACGGGCUCAAGUCCCUCAAAAAGCUCUGGAUUAUGAACUCGCAGAUCAACCUGAUUGAGCGCAAUGCCUUCGACGACCUGACGGCGCUGGUGGAGCUCAACCUGGCCCACAACAACCUCUCCUCCCUGCCCCAUGACCUCUUCGCCCCUCUGCGGUACCUGGUGGAGCUUCACCUUCACCACAACCCUUGGGACUGCGACUGCGACAUCCUCUGGCUGUCGUGGUGGUUGAGGGAGUACAUCCCCACCAACUCGACGUGCUGUGGGCGCUGCCAUGCCCCGCUCCACAUGCGGGGCCGGUUCCUGGUGGAGGUGGACCAAACCUCCUUCCAGUGCUCGGCGCCCUUCAUCAUGGACGCGCCCAUGGACCUCAACAUCUCCGAGGGGCGGGUGGCCGAGCUCAAGUGCCGAACUCCUUCCAUGUCCUCCGUUAGGUGGUUGCUGCCUAACGGGACGGUGCUGAGCCACGCGUCCAACCACCCGCGCAUCUCUGUCCUCAAUGACGGCACCUUGAACUUCUCCCACGUCCUGCUGACGGACACUGGGGUUUACACCUGCAUGGUGACCAACGUGGCGGGGAACUCCAAUGCCUCGGCCUACCUCAACGUGAGCACGGCCGAGCUCAACACCUCCAACUACAGCUUCUUCACCACCGUCACAGUGGAGACCACUGAGAUCUCCCCGGAGGACAUCUCCCCUAAGUUCACCAAGCCCGUCCCCACCACGUCGACGGGUUACCAACCAGCGUACACCACCACCACCACCGUCCUGGUGCAGACCACACGCCCACCCAAGCAGGUCGCCAUCCCCACCGCCGACGCGGGCGACAAGACGCAGACCAGCUUGGACGAGGUGAUGAAGACCACCAAGAUCAUCAUCGGCUGCUUCGUGGCGGUGACGCUCUUGGCUGCGGCCAUGCUCAUUGUCUUCUACAAGCUCCGCAAGAGGCACCAGCAGCGCAGCACCGUGUCGGCCGCGCGCACCGUGGAGAUCAUCCAGGUAGACGAGGACAUCCCGGCCGCCACCACCACCACCACUGCCACCAUGGUGACCACCACCACCGCCGGCAUUGCAGGUGAGGGGGCUGUGGUGCUGCCCGCUGUUCAUGACCACAUGAACUACAACACCUACAAAGCACCGCAUGGGGCCCAUUGGACCGAGAACAACUUGGGCAACUCCUUGCACCCCCCCGGGAGCACCCUUAUGGAACCCUACAUCAUCCAAACCCACCCCAAGGACAAAGUCCAGGAGACCCAGAUAUGACUUUUUAGUUCUUUGGGGCUUUUUUGGGUUGAGCUUCCUCCCACCCCUCCCCUUUUUCCUCCUCCUCCUCCCCCAUCACAAACGCAAUAGGAUGCACAACCCCCCCCCCCCCACAAAGACCCCCCCAAAAGACCCCCACAAAUGAAGAACCCCCCAAAUCUAGAAGGUGACUCUUGUACAGAGCUGGGGGAGAGACUUUUCUUUUCUUGUACAUGCUUCUAUCCGAAAUCCACAGGCUGAGAAGAGCAGCAGAUAUUAAAAUCACGCCCCCCCCCCCCCCCCCCCCCCCCCAAGUCACAGUUUCUAACUCCAAGAGAAAAGGGAGAGGAAAGAAUUCCCGUUAUCCAGGAAGAAGCUGGGGACAGGAGGCCACUGGGGUGGGACUGGGCUUGGAAUGGGGGUGUUGGGGAUGAAAAGGGGGGUUGGAUGCA